CUCCCACCGUACGACGAAGUCACACUCACUCCUGGGACCGACAACAUUCGUCUCCUCCAAUUGCUUCCUGGCAACUACGACGAUCCGAUAGUUUGUUAUCUUUUCCAAAUCGACUCCAUCACUCUGUACGAAUAUGAUGCGCUCUCCUACGUUUGGGGCUCAACGGACGGCCAACGAGUCAUAUUUGUUAAUGACUGGGAAAUGGCGGUUACUCAGAAUCUAGAAGUCGCGCUCCGCUCACUUCGAGGUGAGGAAGAUCCCAAGAUUAUCUGGGUCGAUGCAAUCUGCAUAGAUCAGACCUCCGUUCCGGAGAAAUCAAGCCAGGUGGGGAAAAUGGGUGAUAUCUACAAAGCAGCCAAGAAAGUCGUCGUGUUUCUUGGGCCUGAGAAUCAAGCUAGCGACACCGUGUUCGACUUCUUAGAA